CUCAUCUUCUCUUUUCUUAACUGUUUGGACUUUGUCGCUUGGUGUUGACUGAGUAAACUCCUCCCCAUUAAAAUAAAUGGAGCACUUGGGGAAAAGAAAUGCAGACGAGUAUGGUUCUGUUGUGCUGAUGUUCGCAUUGCCUGUCAAUCGGAUCAACGAGACGCCAAUCCAAAGUUGUCACGGAUAAUACUUUUUCUUUUCUUUGAUAAGAAAAGAGAAAGAAAAAAAAGAAAAGAUUGCUAGGAAAGAAAGAUAUGCUGGGAGUUGGCAACCAGCCUUUUCAUUUUGCCAUCAUGUCAACCGAGUUGAGGUCUCUUGAUGAAGAAUUCAAUGGGAUGCAACUGCUGAAGCUGAAAGAACAACUUUGAGUUCUCCAAGUUUCGAGAUUCCGAGUCAUGGGUGUGCGAGUUCUGGCGAUUCUGCUAGUUGUUCUCCUUGGAGAUUCCAUUGGAGAUGCAGCUACACAUCCUUACGAUUAAGAUAAGUGAGGACUGGAGAUCUCGAAUAUUGCAAUGCGUCGACUGAGUAAAUUCAGUUCGAUUGAGGGGCUCAUGAAUGCUUGGCCAAAUCCACCACCCAACUGGGGGGGGCCUGAUCCUUGUGGCGAUCAUUGGGAGGGGAUUGACUGCACCAACUCUCGAAUUACUUCCAUAACGUUGUCGAGCAUGGGUUUGACAGGUUCACUUUCGGGAGACAUUGGACAACUAUCUGAAUUACAGAUUCUGGACCUAUCUUACAACAAGGGUCUGACUGGAUCUCUUCCUGCACAAAUUGGAAACUUGGUGAAGCUCACAAGAUUAAUCCUGGUUGGUUGCGGAUUCUCUGGCCAAAUACCAAAUUCCAUUGGAUCUCUACACAACCUGGUGUAUUUAUCUCUAAAUUCAAAUAGAUUCAAUGGGCGGAUUCCCGCUACCAUCGGUAACCUUUCUAGGCUUUACUGGCUGGAUCUAACUGACAAUCAGCUAACUGGACCUAUUCCAGUAUCGGAUGGAAGCAAUUAUGGCCUUGAUAUGCUACUUCACACGAAGCACUUUCAUUUUGGACAGAAUCAUCUUAAUGGCACAAUUCCUUCCCAACUAUUUAGUUCUGAGAUGAAUCUCAUACAUGUGCUUUUUGAACACAAUCAGCUCACAGGUAGCAUCCCUUCCACUCUUGGACUGGUGCAGAGUUUGGAAGUUGUGCGCUUUGAUAGGAACAUUUUGACUGGUGCAGUCCCUGGAAAUCUCAACAAUCUUACAUCUGUUCAAGUAUUUCUUCUUUCCAACAAUGGGCUAAAUGGUCCGUUCCCCAACCUUGCUGGCAUGAACGCCCUCAACUACCUGGACUUAAGCAACAAUAGUUUUGACGUGACAGUUUUCCCUUCAUGGAUUCCAACAUUACAGUCUUUGACAACAUUAAUACUGGAACACACAGGAGUUCAAGGAGGGCUACCUGUCAGCCUUUUCAGCAUUUUCAGUUUGCAAAGUGUGGUCCUAAAAAACAACCAGCUGAAUGGAACAUUGGAUAUAGGCACCAGCCCUAGCAAUCAAUUGCAACUCAUUGAUUUGCAGAUCAAUUUUAUUGAUAACUUCAAGCAGAGUACUGGAGGUUCCAGUGUCGAGGUGAUACUUAUCGGUAACCCAGUUUGUCAAGAAACAGGAGCAGCUGGGUUAAGUUACUGUACCAUUCCACAAUCCAAAACCUCCUCAUAUUCGACACCGCCUAAUAAUUGCGUCCCAGCCGUUUGCAGUUUAAAUCAGACUUCCAGCCCCAACUGUAAAUGCAGCUAUCCUUACACAGGAACUUUAGGUUUAAGAGCUCCUUCUUUCUCAGGAUUAGGAAACUCGACUUAUUUCGAAAUCCUCGCAAGCUCUAUGAUGAUUUCCUUUCAGUCCAAUCAACUUCCGGUAGAUUCCGUCUCGCUGAGCGAUCCACGCAAGGAUUCAGCUGAUUACCUUGAACUGAAUCUUGCGGUCUUCCCAUCUGAGGGGGUUAGUUUCAAUCGGACUGGCAUAAACAGUAUCGGCUUUGUGCUCAGUAAUCAGACUUACCAGCCUUCACAAUUAUUUGGGCCUUUCCAAUUCAUCGCCGAUAAUUACACGCACUUUGCUGAAGUACCAACUACAUCCAAAAAAUCGUUAAACAUCGGAGUCAUCAUUGGUGCAGCAGCUGGUGGUUUUGUUCUCCUCUCGCUAUUGGCUCUUGUAGGGGCUUAUGCUUUUCGUCAAAAGAAAAGAGCAGAAAAGGCUACAGAGCAAAGCAACCCUUUUGUAAACUGGGACCCGAAUAAGAGCAGCGGCAGCAUCCCCCAGCUCAAAGGAGCGAGAUGGUUUCCUCUUGAAGAGCUUAAGAAAUACACCAACAACUUCUCAGAAGCCAAUGGAAUUGGCUCUGGUGGCUAUGGAAAGGUCUACAGGGGUACUCUUCCCACUGGAACUCUUGUCGCCAUAAAACGAGCACAGCAGGGAUCUAUGCAGGGUGGGACCGAGUUCAAAAAUGAGAUUGAGCUUCUAUCAAGAGUCCAUCACAAGAAUCUUGUCAGCCUUGUCGGUUUUUGUUUUGAGCAAGGUGAACAAUUGCUAGUGUACGAGUUCCUUCCAAAUGGUACCCUCAAAGAGAGUCUCUCAGGAAAGUCAGGAAUCAGGUUGGAUUGGGCAAGAAGACUCAAAGUAGCCGUUGGUGCAGCCCGAGGUCUGGCUUAUCUUCAUGAGCUUGCUAAUCCUCCGAUCAUACAUAGGGACAUAAAAUCAACCAAUAUCUUAUUGGAUGAUCACUUGAAUGCGAAAGUCGCCGAUUUUGGUCUCUCCAAGCCCAUGAGAGAUGGUGAAAGGGGUCAUGUCACCACUCAAGUCAAAGGAACAAUGGGCUACUUGGAUCCUGAAUACUACAUGACACAACAGCUGACCGAGAAGAGCGAUGUCUAUAGCUUCGGAGUAUUGAUGCUGGAACUCCUUACAGCCAGAAGGCCGAUCGAGCGGGGAAGAUAUAUUGUGAGAGAAGUGAGGGUGGUCAUGGAUAAGGACAAAGAUUUUUACAAUCUGCAGGGGAUUCUCGACCCGGCCAUUGGUUUGGGCACGUCUUUGAAGGGUCUCGAGAGGUUUGUGGAGUUAGCAAUGAGAUGUGUGGAAGACUCCGGACCGGACAGGCCAAGCAUGGGAGAUGUACUGAAGGAAAUUGAGAACAUCAUGGUUUUCGCGGGCUUGAAUCCAAAGGCCGAAUCGGCGACCACUUCGGCCAGUUAUGAGGAGGCGAGUAAGGGGAAUUUCAGACAUCCCUACAGCAACGAGGACUUCUUAGAGUAUAGUGGGGGCUUCCCACCUUCAAGGAUUGAACCCCUGUAGGCAAAUUACAGUCAUGAUCAGCUUCAGUGUACAUUAAGAAAAUCAAACUUGCAUGAGUACUCAUGACUCUCUCUUUCCAGAUGUUCUGGUCUUGUGAUGUUUGUAUCCCGUGAGGAUUUUAGCAUGUAAAAUUGCUGGCCUCUAUGUGUCAGUAGAAUUCUAAAGGAGCUGAUCAUUUAUCUUCCACCUGUACACCUAGUCCUGUCUUCUCUCGGAGAAGAUAUUGUAUAGACUUGUUUGUUAAGUGAUUGGGGGCAUAUGAUCAAUCGCAGCACAGGAAACAUAUUGGAACA